AUGCUGGUGGGAGAGUCAAAGGGAUAUAGAAAGGAGGAAGAUAUAUAUAAGGAGAGAGAGAGAGAGAAGGUAGAAGAAGAAGAAGAAGGAUGGAAGAAGUGGAGGUCGAAGGGGAGGGAGAGAGCGUUAAGUACUUUCUUUUUGGCUGGCGAGGAAGGGAAAAGGACACCGCCACGAGGAGAAGCUGAGGAGAGGAAGAAGAAGAAGAAGAAGAUGAUGAUGAUGAUGAUGAUGAAGAGAUGA